UAAACAAAACAAACAUAGUCUGAUCGAUGAUGGAGUCGUCUUCUCGCCUCAGCUUGCUUGUGGUCGCGAUCUUGGCGCUGGCCACGGCGGCCACCGCGCAGCUGUCGUCGACGUUCUACGACACGUCGUGUCCCAAGGCUCUGGCCACCAUCAAGAGCGCGGUGACGGCCGCGGUUAACAACGAGGCCCGCAUGGGCGCUUCCCUGCUCAGGCUGCACUUCCAUGACUGCUUCGUUGAUGCAAGUCUCGAGACUCUCGCUCUCGCAUGGAUCUUUGAAAAAUUGCAGUCACACAUCUAGUACGCGUGGAUUAUGCA